GUCAAUUGCUGAGCCAAUCCAUCAGACAUGGCUCGGAUUCUCUCUCUUGCGUCUGGUUUGGCUUCCUUGGCGCUGUUCGGCCUCUCCGCGUCGGCUGCUCCCAGCGACAACCAAACCUACGAAUAUAUCGUCGUCGGUUCCGGACCUGGCGGUGGCCCGCUCGCAGCCAACCUCGCAAGAGCUGGACACUCGGUGCUUCUACUCGAGGCUGGUGAUGACCAGACUGAGAACGUAAACGUAUCACAAUGGAUUAACUUUAAUUCCGCCGGUAACGAUCCAGCGACGCGAUGGGACUUCUUCGUCAAGCACUCGGAUGAUGCAGCUCGCGAGGCGAGGUACAUGCACAGAACGUGGCGCAAGACGGAUGGAGGGUUCUAUGUCGGGCUUGAUCCUCCGGCGGGUGCGAAGCCCCUUGGUAUCUACUACCCUCGUGCCGGAACAUUAGGCGGGUGCGCCAUGCACAACGGAUGUCUCACGAUGAAUCCUAACGAUCUGGACUGGGAUACAAUCGCCGAGAUGACCGGAGACGACUCAUGGUCAGCUGAGAAUAUGCGCAAGUAUCUCGUCAAGCUGGAGAAGGUGCACUACAACAGCACCUACACCCACGGACACGACGGCUGGCUUGACAUGACUAUGCUUGAUCCCGGCUAUUCUAGCAGCUCCGACGCUAAGCAACUUAGCACCUACGCUGCUGAAGAGGCUGGGUACUCGGCACAAGACACCUCUAGCCUCCUCCAACGUGACAUGAACGGUGCUCAGCUCGACCGCGACAACCUCGUUGGCCCCUUUGGUGGAGUCAGCCAUAUCAAUCCGAACGGACGACGUUCUUCCCCUGGCUAUUAUGUCCGAGACACCGUCGCAGAGGGCAAAUACCCAAUCACCCUCUCUCUGGAUACUCUCGCGACAAAGGUUAUAUUCGACAAGGGCACGACGCCAAAGGCUAUUGGUGUCGAAUAUCUCCAGGGCAAGAGCAUGUACAGCGCGGAUCCCCGCUACAAUGCCGCCGACAAGGGAACACCAGGAAAGGCCUACGCUUCCAAGGAAGUCAUCAUCUCUGGUGGCGCUUUCAACUCCCCGCAGCUCCUCAUGCUUUCUGGUAUCGGGCCGAAGUCGCAUCUCGAGAAGUUCAACAUCUCCGUUGUAUCGGACCUUCCUGGCGUCGGUCACCAGCUCGCAGACAACUACGAAGCAGGUAUCCUCUCGCUUGGCAGCCGUGCCGUUACAGGCCAGGGGGAGAUCUUCCCCAAUUUCUGGAAGACAUCGCAGGGCCAGAUCAGGGACAUCUAUAUGUGGUGUGGAUCCUUCUCAUUUGAAGGCUUCUGGCCCGGCUUCCCCAACAUCCCCCCCUACUUCAACCAAACCCACGGCCCCAACCAAUACGAAUGCGCCCUCGUGCACAUGAACCCGCGCUCGCAAGCCGGCGUCAUCGAGCUGCAAUCCGCCGACCCGCGCGCCGUCCCCGCCAUCAACCUCAACUUCUUCCAAGACGGCGCCGACAAGGACCUCCAAGCCAUCCUCGAAGGCGUCCAGUGGGUCCGCAGCUGGCUCUCCAAAGUCGACCCCGCAGCCCCCAACUCCCUCGCUCCCUUCCAGGAACUGCACCCCUGCGAGGGCACCAUCGGAAAGCAGAACUGCACCGACGCGGUCCAGAAGACGUAUAUCAAGGAGCAGGCGUAUAGCCACCAUGCGAGCAGUAGCUGCCGCGUUGGCGCGGAUGAUGAUCGCAUGGCGGUGCUGGAUAGCAAGUUUAGGGUUAGGGGCGUGGCGGGGCUGAGGGUCGUGGAUGCGAGCUCGUUUCCCAAGGUUCCGGGGGGGUUCCCGGUGCUGCCGACUAUGAUGCUGAGUGAGAAGGCGACGGAGGAUAUUCUGGGGACGCUGUAGGGGGAGGGGGAGAUGGGGAGAGGUACCCGGCCGAAGGAAAG